GUGGCUGUGCUAUCCAUUUAUGCCGAUUCCUUUUCUGUGAGAAACGUCAUUCCAAAGUUGCAUGGCUCAGCAUCCACCAAGUUUUUUUCCAAGCACAGCGCUGGACCAUGCAGCCGCAGGGCUUGGAGCUGGCGUGGUUGCCGUUCUCUGCAUGCACCCAUUGGAUCUGCUGAAGGUCAAGUUGCAAGUGUCAACAGAGAAGCCUCAAGGAGGUGUCGGGAAACAGAUAUGGCUGGCUCUCAAAGACAUCAAAGUAAAAGAAGGCUGGAAGGGCCUUUACCGGGGAGUCUCGCCCAACAUUGCUGGCAAUGCGUCCAGCUGGGGACUAUACUUUCUCUUUUACAACAUGCUCAAGAAACGAGCUGCUGGCGAUAAUCCCAACUUCCAAAUGUCUGCAGGAUCCUACCUUCUCUGUUCUGCCCAAGCAAGUGCUGUUACUGCUAUCAUGACCAACCCAAUAUGGGUGGUCAAAGUCCGUAUGUUUACUACCAGGGCCGAUUCGUCAACAUCUUAUAGAGGCCUAUGGGAUGGACUGUCUUCCAUAUUGCGAACGGAAGGAAUGUCGGGCCUAUGGCGCGGUACCUCUUUGGCAUUGGUUGGCGUGAGCAACGGUGCUGCACAGUUCAUGGCUUACGAGGAAAUGAAAAGAUGGGGUUUUGAACAAAAGGCCAAACGGUUUGCCAAGGCUGGCCGGACCAUGACGCCAGAGGAUGAUAAACUAUCAAACACAUCGUAUACAAUUAUGUCUGGUGCCAGUAAGUUAUGGGCGUUGGCUUUGACUUACCCUUACCAAGUUAUCCGAUCUCGACUACAAAACAACGCGACGACACAUAUUUACCCUGAUAUUCCCACUACUGUCAGGCGCACCUGGCAGGGCGAGGGUUUCAAAGGCUUCUAUCGAGGCUUGGGCACGAACUUUGUUCGUGUCCUUCCCGGCACCUGUGUAACGUUCGUCGUUUAUGAAAAUAUCGCAUGGCUACUGAGAACUUCAGCGGGAAGACGAGAGCAGCGGCGCAAGGAUGCAUAGGAUACUUCAGGUAUUUCAGUUGAAGAGCUUCGGUUGUUCGAGAACCACUUCCAUCAGACGAAUAACAUAUAAUUAGAUGGCAUUAACUAGUCACGGAUACAACAUAGACUGAUACUUUCAUAGCAGAUGUAUAAUAGUUUAGUACGCUAAUAACACACACAUCUCACAGCUUAAA